AUUUAUCUCGUGCCUCUUUUGACAUACGUGAAAUGGUAAAUAUCUUAUAAAUAGUAAGAUUUUAUGAAAAAGCUGAAUAAUUUAAUCCGAUUCGGAAAUUUGUUCCGACAUUCCCAGUUGAGAAGACGGAUCAGGAUUAAAUUAUGUCGACGGAGGAGUCAACGCCUCCCGCUAUGGAUGUAGAUACCGCGAGCGAUAACACGUCUAUAGAUGAUAAAAUAGAUGAUUUUUGUGAAAAUCCAACUAGAGAUGCUCUGACGGAAGGUUUAAUGAGUUUACUGAAGCCAACCGUUGAUCAGUUGGACGAAAGAAUUCGUGCUACUAGAAUAUGUCAGAUAGAAUUGAAGCAGCGAAUCGAAUCAUUGACGGACGUAUUGACGAAAAUCAACGAAGCUCUUCAGUGCCCGUUCGAGACCGAUUCUUACGUUAAGAAGCUUAUAAACGCUAAGCAAAAAAUAACGGUAGUAAGCAAUAUCUUGCAAACGACUCAGGAACGAAUAAAUAAACUUCAUCAGGCUGUAGAGAGAAAUACGGCGAAGAGAAAGGCUCUAUUGGAUCAUAGUUCUAUGUAUAGCGGUACUUCCAAUAUACAAGAAAAAGAGGAAGCAGCAGAAAACUAA